GGGGAAGCGCAUCAUCGCAUCGCAAAACGAUGAUAGUAACAACUUCACCAGAAAAUCAAUUGUGACAACGAGAGGUGUCAUUGUUAGAUGAUUUGAUUGGAGUUUCUCUCAUCUAUCAAUAGGAAUCUCAUCAAUAUUUGAGCAAUUCAAAAUAUCCAGGGUUUGAAGUGCUUGAUACAUCCCUAGAUAACAAAGAUGAGGGGCAUAUACUUCUUGCUUUUAUUGUGUACAUUGAUUGUUUCAAUAAUAGCGGACUCACCGCCGUCUUUUUGCAAAUGUACCUGCUUUACGAAUAGCACCAUCAUUCCAUUGUCUUCACAUUCGAGCUCUUCAUCCGAUAAAUCAGACUCGAAGCACGACUCUCGUGCCCCAGCUGCAACAUGUACUAUGUGUAAUCGAGCAUUCUGUCUCGCUCAGCGACUACCAAUAUGUAAAGAGGCCGAGGAGAAAGAUGUUUUCACAACGUGCUUUCAACGAGAUAGCAGAAAGGAUCAGAUUGUGGUACUGACUUUCAUUGCUGGUACUUUAGGCUUGCUUGGUUGGGCAGCGGUGAGAAAAGUUGUUGAUAAAAGAAAGGGCUUAAAUGUUGGACUCGGGGACACGCAACAAGGGUAUGCUCCUGUUGGAGCUAGAUAACUGCGUAUCCAAUAGAUGCAAACCGAGGAGAACUUCUCGAGCAUACAUAGUUUGAGGGAACAAGUCAUUCUUUUCAAAUAUUUGCUACAGUGUUGAGUUAUUCCGGUUCAUGAUUGAAACAGCAGCAUAUGAAAUCAGUGCUUGUGAUGCUAAUAUCGUUCUCA